GUGUAUAAAAAGACUGAACUUUGCAGAACUGUUGAUUCAACAAGAGGGAAAAAACCAUUGUAGUUCUUUUGGAAGCCCACUAACAGGAUGCAUUUUGGUAAGAGUUUGUUGGUCUUCUCUGCCAUUAUCAUCUGUGCCUCAGCUGCACAUUUCCUUGAACAAGAAUGGAACCUAUGGAAAUCCGAAUACGGAAAAAAAUAUGUCACACCAGAUAGUGAGCUGUUUCGCAGGAAAGCAUGGGAGGCAACAUGGGAUAAGGUGCAGAAACACAACAAGCUGGCCGACCAAGGUCUUAAAAAUUAUAGACUGGGAAUGAACCAAUUUGCAGAUAUGACUGAAGAAGAAUCUAAGUCUCAGAGCUGCCUUCGCUUGAAUGGGAAAUUCACACCAUUGGGCCAUUCUCAGAACUAUUACGGAAAACGAGCCAAUAUUCCAGAUGAAGUUGACUAUAGGAAAACAAAAUGUGUGACUAAAAUUAAACAGCAAGGUCUUUGUGGCUCAUGUUGGGCAUUUGCAACGGUGGGCGUUCUUGAAACCCGUUACUGCCUUGAAAAAGAUGAGCUACUUGUGCUAAGUGAGCAGCAACUUGUGGAUUGCGAUGAGGAAGAUGAAGGUUGCUGUGGUGGAUUACCUGUUAACGCUCUUGCAUAUGUUUCACACAAUGGUAUCAUGAGGAGCAAAGAUUAUGAGUAUGAAGAAAAGCAAGCUACGUGUGGAUAUAAAAAUGAUAAAGCAAUUAUGCUGAAUGUGACGAAAUUCUAUAUUUUGCCUGGAGAAGAAAAUAUGGCAGUUUCUGUAGCACUUAAUGGACCCAUUACAGUUGGAAUUGGAAGUACUCAUGAAUUUCAGCUGUAUAAAGGAGGAAUAUAUGAUGGCGAUUGUGCUGCACAGCCAAAUCAUGCAGUAAUUAUUGUGGGUUAUGGGACUGAAAAGGGUGAAGAUGAUGAAGAAGAAGAUUACUGGAUAAUUAAGAACAGUUGGGGUGAAGCUUGGGGAGAAAAUGGUUUUGGAAGAAUGAAGAGAAAUGUAAACAAGUGCAAUAUAGCCGACAUGGCUUCUACUAUGGAUUUCACAAUGCCUUGAAGAACAGCGUGUGCAGCAAAAGAGCAAUCUUAUUGUACUUACUUUGUUUAUUAGAAGCUGUAAUGCUUUGCAAUUUUGAGCUGUACCCCAUUUGUAUAUGGCUAGCAAUUUACUCUUUAUGUUUCAAUUUCUAUUAAAGACACAUUCUAAUUU